UCGGGUUAUGAUCAGGUUAUUGAUCAGAUCAUUGAUCAGGUUAUUGAUCAGAUAAUUGAUAGGGUUAUGAUCAGGUUAUUGAUCAUGUUAUUGAUCAGCUUAUUGAUCAGCAGGAGAAGCUGUUCUGUGUCAGUGGAGAACUUGUCCUGCAGGUUCUGGAUUCAUAGAGAACGUUUGUUAAAAUCUGGUGAAUAAACUCAGCAGCACCACCAGGAACAGGUACUGCAGAUAGUCCGCCAGAGGAACCCUGAGGAACUCUGAGGAACCCAGAGGAACACUGAAGAACUCUGAGGGACCGUGAGGAACCCAGAGGAACCCUAAGGAGACCGAACCAGGUUCAGACCAGACCAGAACGGACCAGAACAGACCAGAACCACCAGACUGGACCAGGACCAGUCUGAAGCUGCUCUGCUGCGGGUCUAGAACCCGUCUAGAACCCGUCCAGACCUUCAGGCUCCUGCUGAUUCAGCUCGUCUGACAGGCUCGUGGUCAUGCUGCCCGGGUGGCCCCUCCCCUCCUGGCCCCGCCCCUCCUGGCCCCUCCUCGUCCUCCUCGUCCAAUCGGCGGCUUCCUCUCUUCCCGCCAACGCCUCAGACGGCCUUCAGGAGGUGACUCUGGCGGCCAUCUUGCCUCUGACCAACACGGAAUAUGCGUGGGCGUGGCCUCGCGUGGCGCCGGCGCUGCUGGCGGCGGUGCGGCGGGUGAACUCUGACCCCGGGCUGCUGCCGGGCCUCCGGCUACAGCUGGUCAACCGGAACUCAGAGAACCGCAAAGGCUACUGCUCGGACUCGAUGGCGCCGCUGGUGGCGGUGGACCUGAAGAUGACUCUGGACCCGUGGGCGUUCGUGGGUCCCGGCUGCGACUACUCGUCCUCGCCGGUGGCCCGGUUCACCACCCACUGGGACGUCCCCAUGGUGACGGCGGGGGCCCGCGCCAUCGGCUUCAGGGACUACGCGGCGGUCACCAACACGGGCCCCACGCACCAGAAGCUGGGCGAGUUCGGCCUGAAGCUGCAGCAGGAGUUCGGCUGGACGCGCCACGCCAUGCUCAUCUUCAGCGACAUCAAAGACUCCAACGACGACCGGCCGUGCUACUUCGCCACCGAGGGACUCUUCACGCUGCUGGAGACGCAGAACAUCACGCUGAGGGACCAGGUCCUCGACGCCGACAACAUCAACUACAAGACCGUGGUCCAGGACAUCCGCGACAACGGCCGAGUUGUGUACCUGUGCUGCUCCUGGGAGGUCCUGCGGUCCCUGCUGGUCCAGUUCUGGAGGGACGGGGUGGAGCUGGAGGACUACGUCUUCUUCUUCAUCGAUCUGUUCGCUGAAGGUCUGAGGGGGCGGGGCCCCGCCAGACCCUGGUACCGUGGAGACGAGGACGACCUCGCCGCACGCCACGCCUUCAGGAGUGUGAAGGUUCUGUCCUAUCAGGAGCCUCAGAAUCCAGAUUAUUUUCACUUUGUUCAGACUUUGAAGAACGACGCAAAGAAAAUGUUCAACUUCACCAUCGAGGAUUCGCUGUACAACCUGAUCGCUGCAGGUUUCCAUGAUGGAGUCAUGAUGUACUCUCAGGCUCUCAAUGAGACUCUGAGUGAGCAGAGACCAGGACCUGGACCAGGACCUGGACCUGGACCUGGACCUGGACCAGUCCAGAGGCCCAGAGGAGACGAGGUGACCAGGAGGAUGUGGAACAGGACCUUCUCAGGUGUAGCGGGCCCCGUGGUCAUGGAUGAGUUCGGGGACCGUCAGACGGACUUCGCUGUGUGGGACAUGAUCGACCUGGAGUCUGGAGAGUUCCAGGUGGUGUGUGUAUAUAACAGUAGUGUGAAGCAGCUGGUCAUGCAGGGUGGGCGGAGCUUCCAGUGGCCAGGUGGAGCUCCGCCUCCAGACGUCCCCGAGUGUGGCUUCAAGAACGACAAGCCAGCCUGCCUGGAGCGUACAGUGACGAUGCAGCAGAUGGUUGCCAUAGUGAUCUGCUUCGUCUUUCUCAUCAUUGUUACCGUGACGGUCUUUAUCUACAGGAAGUUGAAGCUGGAGAGUGAGCUGGCGGCUCAGCUGUGGAGAGUUUCCUGGGACGACGUCCAGAUGAGUAACCUGGAUAAAGUCCUGAGACGGGCCUGCAGCAGACUCACCAUGUCUCUGAAAGGAUCCACCUGCGGCUCUCUGAUGACCAUGGAGGGGAACUUCCAGAUCUACACCAAAACUGGAUACUACAAGGGAAAUCUGGCAGCCAUCAAGUACAUCAACAAGAAGCGCAUCGAGCUGACCAGGAAGGUUCUGUUUGAACUAAAACAUAUGAGAGAUGUUCAGAACGAACACCUGACUCGGUUUAUUGGCGCCUGCAUCGACCCGCCCAACAUGUGCAUCAUCACAGAGUACUGUCCCCGAGGCAGCCUGCAGGACCUGAUGGAGAGCGACAGCAUCACUCUGGACUGGAUGUUCAGAUACUCUCUCAUCAAUGACAUCGUCAAGGGCAUGUUGUUCCUCCACAACAGCGUCAUCGUGUCCCACGGCAGCCUGAAGUCGUCCAACUGUGUGGUGGACAGUCGCUUCGUCCUGAAGAUCACCGACUACGGCCUGGACAGCCUCCGGGAGGCCAGCUGCCCCGAGGACACACACGCCUACUACGCCCGUAAGCUGUGGACGGCCCCCGAGCUGCUGAGGACAGAGUGCCCCCCCCCCUGUGGGACUCAGAAAGGAGACGUUUACAGCUUCAGCAUCAUCCUGCAGGAGGUCGCUCUGCUGAGAGGAGUCUACUUCCUGGACACACACACACUCACACCCAAGGAGGUGGUGCAGGCGGUGCGUCACGGCGGGGCCCCGCCCCUCCGCCCCUCGCUGUGUCCCCACAGUCACAGCGAGGACCUGGGCCUCCUGAUGCAGCGCUGCUGGAGCGAGGAGCCCAGCGACCGGCCAGACUUCAGCACCAUCAAGAUCCUGCUGAGGAAGCAGCACAGGGGUUAUGGGUCUAACAUCCUGGAUAACCUCCUCUCCCGGAUGGAGCAGUACGCCAACAACCUGGAGGAGCUGGUGGGAGAACGAACCCAAGCUUACCACGAGGAGAAACGCAAGGCUGAGAACCUGCUCUACCAGAUACUACCACAUUCUGUAGCAGAACAGUUGAAACGAGGAGAGACGGUUCAGGCCGAAGCGUUCGACUCCGUCACCAUUUACUUCAGUGACAUCAUCGGCUUCACCGCGCUGUCUGCCGAGAGCACGCCACUGCAGGUGGUGACCUUGUUGAACGACCUCUACACCUGUUUCGACGCCAUCAUCGACAACUUCGAUGUUUACAAGGUGGAGACCAUCGGCGACGCCUACAUGGUGGUGUCCGGUCUGCCGGUGAGGAACGGGAAGCUGCACGGCGGCGAGGUGGCCCGCAUGGCGCUCGCCCUGCUGGACGCCGUCCAGAGCUUCAGGAUCCGACACCGAGCCAAUCAGCAGCUCCGCCUCCGCAUCGGCAUACACAGCGGUCCAGUGUGUGCAGGUGUUGUGGGGUUGAAGAUGCCCAGGUAUUGUCUGUUCGGAGACACAGUGAACACAGCGUCACGCAUGGAGUCCAACGGAGAGGCUCUGAAGAUCCACGUGUCCGAGGCGACCCGAGACGUCCUGCAGGAGUUCGGCUGCUUCCAGCUUCAGUUCAGAGGAGAAAUCGAGAUGAAGGGGAAGGGACGCAUGAGGACCUACUGGCUGCUGGGGGAGGACACCUCCACCUGACGGAGGGGAGGGGAGGGGACGCCUCCACCUGACGGAGGGGAGGGGACACCUGACGGAGAGGACACCUCCACCUGACGGAGGGGACACCUCCACCUGACAGAGGGGACACCUCCACCUGACGGAGACACCUGACGGAGAGGACACCUCCACCUGACGGAGGGGACACCUCCACCUGACAGAGGGGACACCUCCACCUGACGGAGAGGACACCUC